AUGUCUCUGAAAGCCGGACCGGUCAUAGCAAAACUACAAGCCAUAUUUUCCAUGUUCGGCAUGGUCUCUGUUGUUUGUGCAGACAACGGCCCGCCCUUUAAUAGCUACGCUUUCAAACAAUUUGCAGAGAAAGCAGGAUUUAUUCAUCGAAAAAUUACACCACUACAUCCAAUGGGCAAUGCUAUAGUAGAAAGAUUUAUGCAACCGCUACAAAAAGCAGUAAAAACAGCCGUUGCCUCAGGCAAGAACUACCAAUCGGAACUAAAUAAAUUUCUGCUGAACUAUAGAAACACACCACAUACAGCAACUGAGUUAGCCCCGGCUGAAAUAAUGUUCGGAAGAAAACUUCUCACAAAGCUACCGAAGUUCACAGUCAAUAAGAAAGACGCUUCCGUUCGAAAUAGAGACGAAAACAUAAAAACUAUGCCGAUAACCACCGCCAUGCAAAAUCUACUCCAAUGA